AUGGCUUCUGUAUGUUCUGUUUCUGGAUGCACUACAGGGAGUAAAUCUAGAAAUAAAUUAAUUAGCAGUGAGAAAGAAAUACCCAGGAUUCAUAGGUUUCCGAAGGAUCCUAUCAUCCAGAAGUUGUGGGUAUCGGCUUGUAGAAAAAAUAGACCAAUAAAUAUUUCAUAUGGCAAUAUCUCUUAUCUCAAUUUUUUUGUGAUUAAAUUACAUACUUACAUUAAAACAUACUACUACUGUUUUUUUUACAUAAUAUGUUAUAUUUUUAUAAAUUUUUUUUACGUAUGUUCAUUACAUUUUUCCUAUGAGGAUUAUUUUCAACCGCUGAUUCAGAAGAUGCUGAACUAUUCCCCACAAAAUUGUAGAAAGUUAAAAGCUGAUGCUAUUCCUACAUUAAACUUGCCCGGUGAAUAAAUUCCAUCUAAUCAAGUUAUGGCAAAAAGCUGGGUGUCCAGAACUAGAAGUCCUAGAAAUAGUAUAUUUACUGUCAUAGAGCGUGAAGAAUCCAAAUCUCAAGACUAUUCGGUUUUUUAUAUAAUUAUUAAAUUACACUUAUAAUUUAUUAAUAUUAAAAUUGGCAUUAAUAUUUAUUAUUUUUUAUUACAGUGUAUUAGUUCAGCUGAGAAAAGUGGUACAUGUCUCAGUUCUGGUUCCUUGACUUCAGUAUUUAGUAAAAGAUCUGACCAUUCUUUGAGGCAAAGAUCACCAAAAUUUACUGUGUCAGAUUAUAUAAUGCUAACUAAUAAUGAUUCUACGACUUUUCUUAAAUCAGAGAAUAUGACUCACAGUCAAGUUUCUUGCCGGCAUCUGCAGAUGACAUUGCUAUGCCUUAUGUUGAUAACAGUGAUGAAAUAAAAAGCCAACUCUGUGUAAAAAAUACUAAUGAAUUAGAUGAAGUAAAAAAAUUCCUGGAAAAGAGUUAAACAGAAAAUAUCAGGUUAAACAGCCAAAAUCGAGGAUUGAUAUGUGACUACCGGAUAGCUCUAUCAAUCAAUAUUGAGUAUUUGAAAUCCUAGGUAUACUCCGUACAAAUCAAUCCCUCAAAAAUCUUUUGAAUGAUUUAAAAUCAAAUUAUAAGGACAUACAGUACAUUAUAACUCGUAGACUCAAUCAAGAUGUUCUGGAAAACUUUUUCAGUUUUGUGAAAGGAAUGCCAAGAGGAAAUUAUCAUUUAACUCUUCUUGAAUUCAAAUAUAACCUCUGUUGGUAUUUGCUUGGAAAAAAUACCAAUGUUGUAUUCACUGAGAAUUGAAAUACACAAGACUCAUCCGAAGAAUGUUUAGUAGACUGUUUAACAAAUGAGAUAUUUAAAGAAGCGGAUUUAAAUAUUGAAGUGUUUCAGGAAGGCGAUGGUUUUGAAGAUUUAAAAAUUCCAUCUGAUUGUAUUGAACUGUUUGAACAUUUUGUAUAUUUAUACCUGCAUAUUAAUACAAUUGUAAUAUUUCAAUUAAUAUAAUAAUGUAUUCCAUUAAUU